AUGCCUACCUUUGACCCACUGAAGCUGGAUGGCUACAUCAUCCAGUGGACCCCGUGCCGCCGCCCGCCGGUCACCGCUGCCGGAGGGACGCAGAGCCGCCCCGGUCCCCGCAACAACUGCUGCAACUUUCCCCGCUCCCCGACGCCCCACUCCAGCCUCCGGUCCCCUCCGCGCCCCGCCCCGCUCCGCUCCCCGCGCCUCACCGGCAGUGCCGCCGUCGCCGCCGCAUGCUGCGCGCCGCUGCUCCGCGAUACUGCCGGCCUGGCCCAGUCCGGCCCGACUCGGCCUGUCGGGCGCGGUGCGCUGCGGUGCGGUGCGGUACAGCACAGCACAGCACGGUCCGGUCCGGUUCGAUACGGUGCCACCGGCCGCAGCACGCCGCUCCCCGCCGCGCUAAUCCCGGCCCUCGGCUGUCACUCCGCCCCGCUGACAGCCCCCACAGCCAAUGGGAAGGCCCGCGGGCGCCGCGCCCCGCCCCGCGCGGUGGCACCGGCACGCGAGGAGCCGCCGCCGAACCCACGCCGCCGCCGGGUGCGGGUCCCCUUGCGGGAGGGCGGGUCCACCCCCUCCGUGUAG